CGUAAAUACUUGUAUGCAUCACUGUUAAUCAUAAAACAAAGUUAUUGUAUCUAACCGGAUUGUAAACAAUUUUUUUUCUUCCACACCUUAUAUUUGCAAUAUCAUUAAAUAUUUUUGGAGAUUGCACGCCCGCGUAAUCGUGACAGAUAUUUGUACUACUAGCGCACAGUUCAGAUUGUUCGUAAUAAAAAAUAAACAAAUAGUGUGGUAUGCAAUGCAACAAAUAUUUCUGACAGAAAUAAUAAACAUAGUGAAUGUUUAUUGGUGAUCGGCACGCGUUAAGUGUAUAUCCCAAACUGAAUUUUUCUUGUGUAAAAAGCAAGAUGGAGGAUCUCGCGGUAGAGGUAUGCGGCGAAAAUGGAGCGUAUUAUAAGGGCGUUGUUACUGAGGUGCAUGACGAUGAAGUGUCCGUUGCAUUCGAGAAUGAAUGGCAACCUGAAUCCAGGUUUCCAUUCUCCUUAGUCAGACUUCCUCCUAAAGAGUCCAGGUCUACAGAAUUUACGGAAGGGCAAGAAGUUGAAGUCUUCUCUAGGGCAAAUGAUUUGGAGGCCUGUGGUUGGUGGAGAGCCACUAUAAAAAUGGUCAAAGGAGAUUUCCAUGUUGUAGAAUAUUUAGGAUGGGAAAGUACCUACACAGAAAUAGUAGCAUCAGAUAGACUUCGAGCAAAAAAUACAAAUCCUCCUAUUGAUGCAAACACAUUUUGUAAAUUUGAAAUUGAAGUACCAGAAGAGAAUCGUGAGGACGCGAAAAUAGAGAACGCUCAUAAAGAUUUUCAAAAGGCUAUAGGAGCUGCUCUGUGUCGGUAUAUACCUGAACGAGGAGUUUUAUCUAUUGUAUCACGACGUGAGGUAUCUAGGAAAAACUCAGCAAUUCUCCAAGGAAUGCAUUUUCGUAACUUGGGUCGGAAGGUUGUUUUACUGAAGAGAACCGAAGAAGCAGCUCGGCAACUAGAAUCAACCAAACUAAAUAAUCAAGGAGGAUUUACUGAUGAAUUUAGUGUGCGAGACGAUUUAAUGGGUUUGGCGAUAGGUGCUCAUGGAGCUAAUAUACAAAAUGCCCGAAAAUUAGAAGGAGUAACAAAUAUAGAAUUGGAAGAGAAUUCUUGUACCUUCAAAAUCUAUGGGGAAACAGAUGCAGCUGUAAAAAAGGCACGGUCAUUAUUAGAGUAUAGUGAGGAAUCUAUCCAAGUACCUAGGAACUUAGUUGGGAAAGUAAUUGGAAAGAAUGGACGAAUUAUCCAAGAAAUUGUUGAUAAAAGUGGAGUGGUUCGUGUGAAAAUUGAAGGAGAUAAUGAACCUCGCCCAACAAUACCCCGGGAGGAAGGUCAAGUUCCGUUUGUCUUCGUUGGCACAAUGGACAGUAUUAGUAAUGCCAAAUUGUUGUUGGAGUACCACUUAGCCCACCUAAAGGAAGUAGAACAACUUCAAAAAUCCAGGUUUGAAAUUGAACUUCAGCUGAGAACAGUACAUGGGUCAAGUGCAUCACAGAACUUUCCCACAAACAGACGAACAGAUCGUGGUUACAGCUCAGAAAUGGAAGGCGGUCGUGCUGGACGAGGAGGUAACAGAGGCCGUGGAAGAGGUGGGGGUGGUCGGACCACUCCUAGAUAUCAUGACCAUAAAUUCACAAACCACGUGGACUCAAAACCUCAAGUUCCUAGAGAAGACAGGCAGAAUAAUAGUAGGGGCGACAGAGAUCGAGAAAGGGAUCGCGAGAGGGAUAAUGCGAGGGAAAGGGGUAAUGACAGUGCACGUGGGCGCAAUAAUAAUCGACCUAACAGGGGAGGACGCGUUCCUAAUAAUAAGAGUAAUACCCCUUCUGAGCGCAAGUGAUUUUAAUAUCGUUUUCCCAUCGAUCAAUUACCGCUUGCUGCCUGACUUGUUCACCGAUUUUGUUGUCUAAAUGAAACAACAUAUGUAACUUCCUUCAAAGGUACUUUUUAUUUACUUCUAAUUGAUAUUAUCGUGAUGCAAGUAUUAUUAAUUUUUUUGUGAAAAGAAGUGUUAAACAUCCAAACAAUAAAUUAAAUUGUACUCUCAAGUGAUAUUCCUUUGUAAAAUUUCUCAAAUUUUUGAACUUUAUAUGAAAUCUUCUACUUGUUUGUGUUGUGUAAAGGGAGUAACACUUCUGAAAGCAUGUAUGUCUAACUUUUUUUAUUUAGUUAUUUCUAAUAAAGUUAUACACAACAAUAAUAUGAGUGUUAUAAAUAUUCAAUUGGGAGUCAGUGUAUAUACUUUUGAAUGUUUAGUUGUAUACUAAACUGCUAUAAUCGUAAUGUUCGAUCUACAAAAUAAAAAUGAAGAAAGGAUAAAAAUGUUCUUUGAAGGAUUCCUUCAACAGGCAACUAUGACUCUGUAAGACUGACCCGGCUUUCGACUCUUAAACUUGAUUAUGGAUCAUAAAAUAAGGCAUUAAAUGAAAUACAUAAAUUAUUACUUAUUAAGUAAUAGCAAAAAUAUGGUUAUAAUAUUUCCCAACAUGGAGGGAACUAUAUUGAUUAUGAUAAUCACAACUUCGUCUUAUAUAACAAUUAUGGUAUAUGACAUUAUUUUGUCAAAAUUCAACAAUUGGCUUUUUUGUGUACGAUAACCUUAGUACUUUAUUUGU